AUGACUCAUGUUAAAGCCAACCCAAUUGGUCUGCAGUGUGUGUUGGACUUGUGUGGUCUGCAGUGUGUGUUGGACUUCAGUGGUCUGCAGUGUGUGUUGGACUUGUGUGGUCUGCAGUGUGUGUUGGACUUGUGUGGUCUGCAGUGUGUGUUGGACUUCAGUGGUCUGCAGUGUGUGUUGGACUUGUGUGGUCUGCAGUGUGUGUUGGACUUGUGUGGUCUGCAGUGUGUGUUGGACUUGUGUGGUCUGCAGUGUGUGUUGGACUUGUGUGGUCUGCAGUGUGUGUUGGACUUCAGUGGUCUGCAGUGUGUGUUGGACUUGUGUGGUCUGCAGUGUGUGUUGGACUUGUGUGGUCUGCAGUGUGUGUUGGACUUGUGUGGUCUGCAGUGUGUGUUGGACUUCAGUGGUCUGCAGUGUGUGUUGGACUUCUGUGGUCUGCAGUGUGUGUUGGACUUCAGUGGUCUGCAGUGUGUGUUGGACUUCAGUGGUCUGCAGUGUGUGUUGGACUUGUGUGGUCUGCAGUGUGUGUUGGACUUCUGCGGUCUGCAGUGUGUGUUGGACUUCUGUGGUCUGCAGUGUGUGUUGGACUUCUGUGGUCUGCAGUGUGUGUUGGACUUCUGUGGUCUGCAGUGUGUGUUGGACUUCAGUGGUCUGCAGUGUGUGUUGGACUUCAGUGGUCUGCAGUGUGUGUUGGACUUCAGUGGUCUGCAGUGUGUGUUGGACUUCAGUGGUCUGCAGUGUGUGUUGGACUUGUGUGGUCUGCAGUGUGUGUUGGACUUGUGUGGUCUGCAGUGUGUGUUGGACUUCAGUGGUCUGCAGUGUGUGUUGGACUUCAGUGGUCUGCAGUGUGUGUUGGACUUCUGUGGUCUGCAGUGUGUGUUGGACUUGUGUGGUCUGCAGUGUGUGUUGGACUUCUGUGGUCUGCAGUGUGUGUUGGACUUCAGUGGUCUGCAGUGUGUGUUGGACUUGUGUGGUCUGCAGUGUGUGUUGGACUUGUGUGGUCUGCAGUGUGUGUUGGACUUGUGUGGUCUGCAGUGUGUGUUGGACUUGUGUGGUCUGCAGUGUGUGUUGGACUUGUGUGGUCUGCAGUGUGUGUUGGACUUCAGUGGUCUGCAGUGUGUGUUGGACUUGUGUGGUCUGCAGUGUGUGUUGGACUUGUGUGGUCUGCAGUGUGUGUUGGACUUCAGUGGUCUGCAGUGUGUGUUGGACUUGUGUGGUCUGCAGUGUGUGUUGGACUUGUGUGGUCUGCAGUGUGUGUUGGACUUCAGUGGUCUGCAGUGUGUGUUGGACUUCAGUGGUCUGCAGUGUGUGUUGGACUUCAGUGGUCUGCAGUGUGUGUUGGACUUCUGUGGUCUGCAGUGUGUGUUGGACUUCAGUGGUCUGCAGUGUGUGUUGGACUUGUGUGGUCUGCAGUGUGUGUUGGACUUCUGUGGUCUGCAGUGUGUGUUGGACUUCUGUGGUCUGCAGUGUGUGUUGGACUUCAGUGGUCUGCAGUGUGUGUUGGACUUCAGUGGUCUGCAGUGUGUGUUGGACUUGUGUGGUCUGCAGUGUGUGUUGGACUUCAGUGGUCUGCAGUGUGUGUUGGACUUCAGUGGUCUGCAGUGUGUGUUGGACUUGUGUGGUCUGCAGUGUGUGUUGGACUUGUGUGGUCUGCAGUGUGUGUUGGACUUCAGUGGUCUGCAGUGUGUGUUGGACUUCAGUGGUCUGCAGUGUGUGUUGGACUUGUGUGGUCUGCAGUGUGUGUUGGACUUGUGUGGUCUGCAGUGUGUGUUGGACUUGUGUGGUCUGCACCGUUCUGAGCAGAAGCAUCUGAGUCUGAGUGACCUGUACCUGGUGGUGUUUGAACCCAGCCACCAUGAUGAGCUCCUCGGCACAAUCUGCAGAGACAGGGUCCUGCUCCACUGUGAGGAGGCGGCCUCCAGGGGGCAGCAGUCGUAG